AUAACACUUGCGGGGCAUUCCUUCCUCGACGAUAUAACUAUAUAUGUCGUUAUCAAAUUUAUUAUUUAAGAAGCCAUUUUGACAAGCCUCGAAGAAAGACAAUAAUUAGUUUUAUUUUCUCCUAAAUGAGCAGACAAACUCUUCGUUAGUUCAUACUCGUUAGCUGGAAAGUAACUACUAGAAGGUAGCUAGGAAGGCUAAUGUUUAGCUUUAACAAGAGGUGGUGCGCGCUUUCCUGCAACACUUCAGAUGGCUGUACGUUGGCUAUGCAGCCUCUUUGGGAAGCCCUUUGAUGGAGGGAAGAGGAUGGACCAUGGCGUCCCACAGCAGCAGCACCCGAUGGAGCAGCAGCAGCCGCUGUAUCACCCGCAGCACCCCGCCAUGAUGCGUCUCUACGAGGUGCAGAAGGAGGUGGCAUCUCUGGGGCCUCAGGUGUGCACGUUCAGCGGCAUGCAGAACGACCGAGACUACAAACGGCUGGAGCGCGAGCUGACACGGCUGCUGCUGGAGGUGGACCAGGUGGACACAGAGGGCAAACCCGAGCUGCAGGGGGCGAGAAAGAGGGCGGCGCAAGAGGUGGAGGGUCUCCUGCGGUACCUGGAGGAGAACGCCACUCAUCCGUCCCGACUGAAGAUUGAGGAGCUGAGCACCGAGGCGCGAAACUUGGUGGAUGAACGCGUUGUGGCACCUCAACGUGCAGGUGGGGUGGCAGAAAUAAGCGACGAGCUGGUGGACACCCUGCAGGAGCUCGUGCUGAGGCUCACCCAGGUGAAGACAGAAGGGAGGGUGCCUCUACGCAAAGCACGCUACCGGGCACUAACACGCCUCUGCGCUGUACAGGACGUCCUCGAAGGGCGCACACAGCAGCAGACCCUUUCCCUGCCACUGUCAGGAGAGACCCAUGAGGCUGUGAACCGCAUCAACCAGGUGAUGGUGAAAGUGAGCAUGGCCCGCAGUCAGCUGGUGGCUCUGCUGAUGGGGCUGAGCGGGAGGGACAGCUGCGCCCACCUGUCCCGGAUCCUGACAGAGAUGCAGGUGGAGCUGGAUGCUCUGGAUGUUUCUGGGGACCCAGCCAUCAGAAACUACAGGAAACAGGUGGUGGAGGAGAUAAACGGGCUGCUUAAACAUCUGGAUCUGGAGGUGGAGGGAGACGACACACGCAGGUACGACUUGGCGCACAACAACUCCAUCCGUGAGAUCGAAGCAGUGCGAGCUCAUGUCUCUCACCUGCGAGAGGGCGUCCUGCGGCACUGCAUGAUGGGAGAUUUAAGCUUCAGACCCAAAGCCGAGCUGCAGAGCCUCCUCACUCACCUUGACCAGGUGGACACGGCCAAGAACCCGUGCAUCAGAGAGGCCCGCCGCCGCGCCGUGGUCGAGGUCCAAGCCAUCAUCACCUUCCUGGACCUCCGCGAAGCUCUACUCUGUCGCCAACCGGGCCCCAGCGAGCACCCAUCACACCGGGCCGUGUGGCUGGUCCUGGGCAGCCUCUCGGACCUCCAGGCUCAGGUGCUGGGCUUUGACGGAAAGCGGGCUGACAAGAGCUACAUGAUGCUGGAGGAACUGCUCACCAAACAGCUGCUGGCACUGGACGCCGUGGACCCACAGGGUGAUGAGACGACCAAGGUGGCGAGGAAGCAGGCGGUGAAGUUUGCCCAGAACAUUCUCAACUACCUGGACAUGAAGACGGACGAGUGGGAGUACUGAUCCAUGAGAAAAUCUGUGAUGGGAUGUCGCUGCAAGAAUGAAAGGAGGUGAUAAUGUCUGUAAAUAAAAUCUAAAACUGAUACGUUAUCAUUCCAUGGGCUGUAAAUAUUGACUCAAAUCCCCAGAAUGCACUGCAGCAGCGCUUUUCUUUUGUCUCUUUGUGGUAGAUGUGGCCGACCCUGCUGAGAAGUCAACAACACAGAACUCCUUUUGUGGGACACUUUGAUUUUUGGGUGCUCUUUUGAAGAUUUUCUUUUCGAAUCCCUCGUCCGUUCGUUCAUUUGUGUGUGUGGUUGUUUGUGUGUGUGAGAUGUCGUCAGUUGUCGUCAUAUUUGGUGUGCGUGGUUGUUAAAGCCUGCUGCUGCCAAAGCACUAAAUAAUGCCUGUUAUAGUGGUUGUUUUCUCCAGACUGCACUUGAUAUCGACAAAUUCCCAAGAGUGUGAUGGAUUGCUUCACACUUGCUUUUCCGUCUGGCCUGAUUGAACCAGUGAAUGGUGGAGACAGAUGCAUGAGUUAAAUACAGUGACCUGGUUACAGAGAGCCAACCAGAGCUCAGUCUAGAUUGUGAUAUUUGUUGGUAUUGUGGUCGUUGUAAGUACUCAAAACGUCAUACUUUUUUAAUAUCACGUGUUUAAAAUGGAUACAAUCUGUUUAUUCUAAUGAUCCAUAUUACUGAAAAGCUUUCAAAACAUUUACUUCAUAAGACAGGUGCCUAUGAGAGGAAUUUUUGUUCAGUUUUUGGAGUUUGCCUGCAAUUUUUGAUAACUGUAGACAAGAAUGUACCUUAUAUUUGGGAGUCUAGGACUUCUGAAGGCCACUGGCUUCAGCACUUGUAGACAUCUGCUGGUUUUGCAAGAAAUCCGCACAUGCAUUAUUGAGUUUAUUAAGGUGCUUCCAUUGUGCAUGAGCCUCAGUUAAGCUAUGUGUAAGGCCAUGCCUUAAGUAUUAGAAAUAAUCAUUUUCCUUUGCCACAAUUUCCAUUUCUUUGGUAUUUAUAAUACUCAACAUUUAAAGACUGCAGCUUCUGUUAAUCUAAUCUAUAUAGUAUCAGAAUGUACCAAAUCUUUAAAAAACUGCUUUCCAGUCACAUUUAUUACAAAUAAGGCAGCAAGAUAAAGAAAAGGGCAUCGUCAAAUAUGCAUAAAAACAUUGGUAAGGCUUCCAAAUGGAAAAAUUGCAAGUGUUUUUGUGCAGUAAAGCUCUUGUCAGCAUGUCAGUGUCUGUACAGACAGAGAGCAGAGGAGAGAGACGGGGAUGUCUCCUGGUUCAAAGAGUUUUCUUUUGCAUCCUGACCUGAGGACCAAUGGCAUCCUCACAGCCCUUCACAAACACCAAGCGCCUAUAAAAUUACCUAAAUUAAACAAAGUAGAAAUUACAGACUGAGUAGAACCACUGCACACAUUUCUCCUGGUUUAUUUAUGAGCAUUCAGAGAAAAUAUUUGAUUCUUUUGACUUAAUUGCACAAAAAUAUUGGCUGGGUUGUAGCUCUGCAGCCUUGCCAACAUGAGGCUUUUAUUUUCAGUAUUUGAUGCGUGCAUUCCUCUCUAGUCCACCUGUCUUCUGAAGUUGACUAGUUUUUUGAAGCAUCAGUGCUUUUGAUCAUUAAAAUAACUGGACCACUGAAGAAGAAGCUGCAUUAAAAUCAGAGGCAGUGUUUAAAUAUCACACUGCUGUUAGUGCUCAGCUAAUCUGUGUUUAAACAGAGAUGAAAUUAGGAGAACAGUGGGAGUUUGCAGUUCUGAUGUAAGGUCACUCUUCUCUCCUGUGCCGCCGUGUUUAUCCCCUCAAAUUUGGUUUGUGCUUCUGGUAGCGCUCCAGUUCACACGGCUGUGGCAAACUCACCAGAAAUCCUGCAAACCCCAGCUGUCGCGGGCAGACGGUCAAAUAAAAAAGAAAAAAAGAUAGGCAUAGGAGCAUCGAUAGAGUUAACAGGAACUUAAAAUCAGUGCAGAGGUUUCUUUUUGGGAGGCAGCCUGCCGGCCGUAAACAGGAUGUUUGAGAGUGAGCAGGAUGUUUGAAGAUAAAAGUACCCUCCCCACUUUGCUGCCUGUGUAGCUGUUAGUCUGUAAUGUGCUUCAAAUGUUUGUUGUGACUUUGUGUGAUCGCGUAUGGCUAUAAAUGGAUCAGGUUAGAUUUCAGACAGAGGAUAGGAAGCUUUUUUUUUUUUUUUUUUUUGCUGUUGCUGCUGAUUUUUGUUUCUACCCACUGCUUUCUACUGAGUGUGACUGUGAGGUCCCUGGAGAGAGAGAGGAAGAGGAAGGGAGGCGGCAAUAUCCUCUGGAUUGACACAUCAAUGCUGACGAUAACGGGGCCAACAGUCGCGUCCUAUGCAGUGGAGAAUAUUGAUGGUGAUCAAGGCCGACGGAGCCUUCUAGAAACUUCUCUGAGCUGCUGCUGCUCGAGACAGUGGGAGGGAGGGAAAGGACUGGGAGAGGAGUCCAAAUCUCUGUGCCUUUAUUUUCACCCUUCCCUUUGAGCCGGUCUGUGUCGUGCAGCGACUGAAAGAGGAGCAAAGCGGCUGCUCUUUUUGAUACGUAUCAGUGCUAAAGCAGCGAAUGUGUUUAUGGAGAGCACCUUGGCCCUUAUCGCCAAGAGAAAUUUGCACUAUGUGUCGGAAAAUUCAGAUCAGUAUUUAUUCCCCGAUGAAGACUAAAGGUGGUGGUGUUCUGGUCAAUAACAAGCGGUAUCACAGAAGGACAAUGCUCCGUGCUGCAGGCAAUAAAAGUGAGUCAUAUCGUACUUUCACACUGCAAACAGCAGAGCUGAUGGGGCUCUUUUGCUCCAAAAAGCAAUUUGGCAACAAAAGCCCUAAAAAUCAUAAAACAUAACAGAAUAAUUAGCAGAUAAAGUUACAUCACAGCUUCCUGUUAACCUGUAGAAGAGAAAAAGUUCAGCUUUGAGGUGAUGAUUUCUGCAAAUUCAAGACCUCAGUCUUUACCUAUGAGACAACCAUUGUUGCAAGCUGCUCCUUAUUGGCAGCAAACCUUGAUCACUUUUCUGAGUAUUUAAAGGAAUUUAAAGCAUCUUAAAUCAGUAUUUUUAAAUUAACAAUGGAUCUAUUGAUCCUUAAAGUCACAAAUAGUUAUGAACCUAAAUAGAAUGCAAGUCAUCUUGAGAGCAUUUUAGCCUUUUUCAGCUCCUUUUUUUGGCAAAUUUACUACUAAGGCUCCCUCAUCACUAUUCUCUUUGAUGCCAUUUUAGGUAGGGAUGCACUGAUGCUUCGGUUUAGUAUCAGCUAAAUGCUAACAUCAGCGUUCAGGUAAUAAUGUAGCAUUAACAGCUAUUGUUAGUGGUCUCAAAUCAAUUUAAUGCUGUUAUGUUGUGCUGAUUCAUAUUUCCUAGAACACUGAUCAUCCACUGGAGGCCCAGGGGCCAAAUCAGGCCCCCCACAACUUCCCAUCCGGCCCCCAGAAGAUUAUUCAAUUCAGAAAACAGCUUUUACAGUGUCUUUUCAAAAAUCCCUACAGGAAUCCCAAAAUUAACUGAGAUUAAAACAUUUUUUCUGGAUUUGCUUGACGCUUGAACAGUUGCACAAAAAUCCACCUGUCUGCUAUUAUUAUAAAAUAAGAUGCAAAAGACCUGUUUAGUGCAUGUGUUUUUCACCAAUCAGGAUUAGACAUAUUUAACCCAAACCCUGUGAUGCACAACAUGAUAGACCUAGAAAUAUGUGGCUGAAAUAUCUCAAUCGCCCCCUUGUGGCUGGCUGCAGUAUAGGCGAUAGGAACUGAAUUUACUGCUAAUUCAUUAAAAACAAGGUACAUUAAUCUGGUGAUCCCUGACCUAGAAGAAGUCACCUGUUAGACAAACUCUGUUUUCAUGGUCAAACACAAGGAAAAUUUAGACAUAGAGGGAGUGUUACACCAAAAAGAAUAAUGAGACAAAUUCCCACUGGUCCUUAAGGGGGGACAUCGACUGUCAUCUACAGUUGGAUUUUCAGUCUUUUAACUAACAUGAUCAUAGGUCCAUCCUGAGAAUGGUUUCCAAAGGACUAGCUGCUGAUAAAAAUCUAAUUUUUUAAAUUUCAUUUCUGCCUUUUAUUGAAUCUUGAUAUUUGGCAUCUUUGAUAAGAAUCUUGUUAAUCAUGAGGGAAGCCUUGGGUGAUUUUGCAGACUAUAUGAGACCAAAUUUCUUGGUCUUUUCUAAAAUUCCACCUUUACAUCAGCUCCUUUUCACCUCUUUGCAGUGCGAAUGUAAAACAAAAGGUUAAAAUAUCUCACAAGUUUCAGAUCUCAAACAAAAUUCCAGUUUUGUCUCCAGUCCCAGCUGCUUCGGCAGUUGUCCCUGCUUUUCGGAAACAUAAACACAAUCCACUGAUCUCCCACAGACCCCUUUUUCGCGUGCAUUAAGCUGCUGCUGGAGGCUUUUUUUCUGGCUGGUAGCCUGCAGCUCGGCCUCCUGGGUACGGAGCUGACUCAUGCGGGAGAAGAUUAGAUUAAACAGUGUUCAUUAAACAUCGUCAGCCGGCCCGGCUGCUGCUGCAACAGAUGCUUUCUCACAGCGAACCUUAUGCUCUCUCAGACCAAACCGAUCCGGACACACCUUAAGUUCACAUGCUCUUUUUUGUAUGCAGUAUGUAUCAAUAAAUAAUGUACAUUUGGUCCUUGCAGUUCGCUGCAUUUCUGUACAUUGCUCUCAUCUUUUUAAAUAAUUUAUCAAAGGUUUUACACUCUAUACAGAAAUCUUACAUGGAUCUUUUUCUGUAUCAUUGUGUGAAGUGUCUCAAAGCUUCUGGAUCUUUUUUUAUUCAGUAUUAUCGGCACUUUGAUGAGUGGGCGUUUUGGCUACCCUAUAAAUUUAUACUCUGUGGUUCAAACUUAAAAAAGAAGGUGGGCAGUGAGGUAAAGCACCGUUUUCUAAACGUUUUGCUGAAGUAAAGAUUUUUUGUUUGAGUCUUUGCCAGCAGGAAUGAGCAAGUAACCUGCAGAUAUUUCUCUUAUUUUGUGCUGUGUACAUACAAACAGUCAUCCAAAGUAGACCCACAAACCAAUUUCACUUCUGGAUUAAUAGUAUCUUGAAUUGAUAGCAGUAUUUUAAUGCAUUUUUGUGUCUGUAUGUGUUUUAAAGAGAGAAAAAUUGAUUUUAUAGUUACAAAAGAAUGCAUACUUAUUUUUAUGACAACUUGUAGUCCCUGCAUGAGUAUGAAAGUUUGUCCAAUAACUCAUUUUUAAGAACUGAAAAGAAAAAAAGUAACAUUUCGAAGGAUAAGGCAGCAGAUUUUUGUUAUUUUUUGUUGUCAAAUCGUUUCUUUCUUAUAUGUCCUACAUUAAACAAAAAAAGCAGCAAGUAAAUGUAGAUUAUAGGAUUUACAAGUUUAUUUCAUUCACUGACCAAAUAAGAAAAACAUAAAAAUAUUUGAAAGAAAAGGAGCAGAGAGAUGAAUAAUCCCAUAUAGGUUGUUUGCAGUGGAAAAAGCCACGAUUUGAGCUUAAUUUGAUUCCCGAAAGUUGUGACACAUUAAGGCAAAAAGCUUAAAAAUCUCACAGAAAAACAGCAGCAGACAUGGAUUAAAAGCCUCCAUCUAAAGCCUCAGAGAAGCCGAGUCAGACAGCACUCAUGUCUGGUCCAUUUCCAAGUUAUCCGGUUUGGUGCAGUACAGUAAACCCUGAUCUUGCCUGUGCUUCCACCACCAGUGUUCGUGGUGAUGGGAAAUCCAUCUCUUUUUAGAGAUCUGGAUGAUUUGGCUCAGCUCUGAAUCCCUCAUUUGCUCCCAAAUGGCUCUUUAUUUGGUGCCAGUUUGGCUUUUAAAAUUUGGAUUAAAUAAGGACAAAAAUUGAAAAAGGAAACUGGCUCUGAGGUGGGAGCCAGCUACAUCCCCUGAGUCAAACCAAGGAGAGCCAGGCUUAUCUGUGUAAUGGAAAAGCCCCAAUGUACUAGGUGGUCUGCGGGGCUGAGUCAUUUGCAAUAAUGGUGAAUUAAUUAACCUAAGGGAAACAUCUAUUUUUAGUUAAUUGCAGGGAUCAGUGUAGGUAGAGAUAUACUGAUAACUGCUGCCUAAAGGUUCACCAAAGCUUUAACACACUAACUUACAUCCCUCUCUAUUGAUUACUAAAUGGUGCUCUUCACUUCCUGCCCCUUAUGUGACUUUUGCCCCACAUCAACAAAGGUGGAAAAAGUACAUGAUUAUUGUACUCAAGUAACAGUACAGUUACUCUGGUUAAAAUUUACCUAAGUAAAAGUACUGCUCUAUUAAUCUACUAAAGUAAAAGUAAAAACUGUUUAAUUUAAAGUUUACAUCAAGUACUGCGCAGCUACUAAGGAGAUGUACAGUAAAAUCAGAUCUUUCCUUAUCGUCAAGAACAACAAGAGAAUAGAUCUCCAACCAGAAUGUUCAGGUAAAAUCAGUGUUAAUUUCGUCGACUAAAAGUAUGACUAAAAAUGUUCGCCGACAGCCUUUUUUUUUCCAUGACAAAAACUAGACUGAGACAAAAAAAAAUAGACCUGUGAUGACUAAAGCUGGCAAAAAGUUAGUUUAUUUCAUCAAGAUGACUAUAGCUAGACUAAAAUCUAAUUUAGUUUUCGUCAGACGUGAAAAUCUGUGAUAUUUCUCCACUGUGGGUAAAUCUGUCAAAAAACAAUUCAGCUGUAGCUAUUGUGUCUCUCAGCUGUAGAAAGCAGGGACCCAGGUUUGGCAGGGUUCAUAGAACACACUAGCAUUACUUGCUAACAGAUUUAGGCAAGAAAAUAAAUGCUUGGACUAAAAGUAAAGACUAAAAUGUGAGGACUUUUUAUGAACUAAAACUAGACUAAAAUGCUUUUGAGUUUUCGUUGACAAAAACUAGACUAAAACUAAAAACAUUUCGUCUAAAGACUAAGACUAAAAUUAAAAAUAGCUGCCAAAGUUAACACUGGGUAAAAUCACACCUCUAUAACAAAGUAAAUACACAGCAAAACUGAUAAUGUUGAUGAAACUCAUUUAGAUUUGAAAUUGACACUCAAAGUGUCUAUAUUGGUCCACUGUACAUACAGUUAAAUAACACUUUUAAAGUGUCAAAUAUUUUACAGAAUGACAGAGCUGCUGUAACUCUUGAAAAUCUGUGCUAAGGUGGAUCUCCUCUGGCAAGAACAAAGCAGAGAGUCAACCUCGUCGUAGGGCAGUGCAUACUGGUCUUUAAGAAACACCUUAAGUCUAACUCAGUAGAUAACUUCAUCCAUGGUGCAAAUGUGUCUCACAUCAAAAAUAAUCAACCAGAAACAUAAACAAGAACACACCUAGCAGGGCUAACUGUACAAAAUCCAGGCAAAACAAAAAAAACAAAACCUAAGCACUCUGUCCAAGGACAUGAUGGGAAACUCGGCUUACAUAUCCCUCAGAUUUGAAAUGCCAACACUGAGUAAAAAAAAGCGCUGAAAUGUUUAACCCUGAUAUCAACACUCCAGUUUUGGAUGUUUUGAGAUUUGAUGUGGAAUCCUGUGUUGUCACCAGGGGUGGAAAAGGUACGCGAUUAUUGUUCUCAAGUAAAAGUACAGUAACUCUGGUUAAAAUUCACAGAAGUAGAGGUAAAAGUUCUGAUUUCAAAAUGCACUCAAAAAAGUGCAAAUACCCCAAAAACUACUCAAUUACAGUCAUUUCAGUCAGUAUAAUCAGUUACUUUCCACUCUUGCACAUAAGGAUCAAGUGACUGCAAACAACCUAUAAUCUGCCCCUUUCUCACAAGAUUUUAGCUAACAGAACAGUAAUCAAGCAUACAUCCAUUAAUUACAUUUUCCUUUGUUUUCCUUUCAAUAAUGACACUAAUUUUAACUUUAAAAGCUCCUCAUCCUACACUUUAAAACACGGUUUAGCAGUCCUCUCCAGUGAGAUGUUCUGUAUCCCCCGGACACGCAGAGGAGCUGCUAAAAGCAGCUCAGGGUCGUCUAGAAUAUCUGAACUUGGUGGCACUGAAGUCCAUUAGCUGAGAGUUUAAAAGAUUCAGAUCCACUGGGUAUUGAAAGGCGGCUUUCUGACGUCCAUUAAAGGAUGAUGUAUUUACUCGAACAACAAAUGGAGUCCUGCAGGUUUUUAAUGGUUUAAGAUUGCUCUUUUAUUGAAUGUAGUCAUUGAGGAAUGUUUUGUUUUGCUUUUCAUUUCAUUGUACCAAAGUUAUUUCAAUUGAGAGAGAUGAUAAAUCUGUAAAGGUUGAUUGCCUAAGAAUUUUGGCAAAUAAUUUAACGUUAAUUUACCCAGGACAGUAUGACUAUAAAAGCUGCAAAGAGAAGGAUAAAAGGUUGGAAAAGUCCCCAAAGUUUGCAGACAGAAUCUGUGUUUAGAGAGCAUUCAACCCUGUCUGAGAAACAUUUUUUAGCAUUCACCAAAACCAAUGCAAGAACUGAAAGACACAUUUUUAAAGCUUUAACACCUGCGUUUGUCCAUAAGUUCAAUCUGAAGAUUAGUGACUUGUUGCACCAGCUGUUUGAGUCUAAAAGUGGCACUUUGCAUCAUCCAUGCAGUGAAAGCUUUUGAUUGAAUAGAUGAAUGGUUUAUGAAGGAGUAGAUGAGAUGAUAAGAGGUAAGACUGAAGGAGAGGCUGCAUAUCUACGACAGAAGACAGACGGUUAUUCACCAGGAGUGGAAUUAUCUUUCAUAUUAAGCUAGAGCUACACAUUUAUUUAACUUAAUUGCACUUUUUUGUGUUCUUUAUCUCUGUUUGUUCUCACUGCUUUGCCUUUCUUUCUGCAAAAUGACAGGAAUGUGUUGUGUGAUGAAAAAUGGUUCUGCAUUGCUUGUUUUUCCAACUCUGUUUUCUUAAGUUGCCUUUAACUGCAUUGAUUGUGACAGACUUUUUCGCUGUUUCUCCUCUGAGACACGCUUGUACAAAAAGCACACUAUGACUGGAAAAAAUAAGCUGUGUGAAUGCUCCAUGGAUGGUUGUGUUUUGAAUUUGUAUUCCCACUGCAGA